AUGGAGGCAGCACUAGCUAACCUGAGCAACGUGGCCCAGUCGGCGCUACAGGCGGCGGCGGCGAGAGUGCGUGGUACGGCCGCCGCCAACACAGACAACGCCGCUGCCACAUCGUACCCUCAAUGGCUACCAUACGUUGCCGCCAUGUUGGUGGCAUACCCGAUCCUGGUGCACCUCCUCCGCUACCGCAGCUUGCACGUCCUGCGGCGCCGCUUCCCCUACGGUCCCGAGGCGGGUAAAAACCACAAGCCCUACUCGGCCAUGACCAACGAUGAUGCCCAUGCCAUCGUCCAUCGCGUCGCCGACUGGGAGUUCCCCGCCGUGGGCCUGCUGGGCCUGCAGAUGGCUCUGCUGCGCACCUACGGCGUCCCGUCCAUCUCGCGCCUGCUGGCCGGCACCCGCCAGCUCGGCCAGGGCGACAACGUCGGCCGCCGCUACGCCGACACGGGCGCCAUCAUGAACGAGAUCUACGAGAACCCGCCCGACACGCGCCGUAGCGCCGAGGCCUACGCCCGCCUCAACUACCUGCACGGCGUCUACAUCAAGGCCGGCAGGAUCUCCAACGACGACAUGCUCUACGUCCUGGGCCUCUUCAUGUACGACGCCGUCGAGGCCAUCGACCGCUGGGAGUGGCGCCGCCUCACCGACCUGGAGCGCUGCGCCUACGGCGUCUUCCACCACGGCAUGGGCCGCGCCAUGGACAUCGACUUCUCGCCCCUGCCGAGCGCCGCCGCCGGCUUCCGCGACGGCCUGCACUUUUACGACGAGCUGUGCGCCUGGGGCAAGGCCUACGAGCGCGCCCACAUGCUCCCGGCCCAGUCCAACCACGACGUCGCCGUCCACACCGUGCGCCUGCUGCAGCGCGACUUCCCGUCCCUGCUGCACCCCGUCGUCGAGAACAUGGUGUACUCGGUCUUUGACGACCGGUUCCUGGCCGCCUGCCGGUUCCCCAAGCCGCCGCGCGGCUACUACGUCCUGACCAGCGCCCUGUUCGCCCUCAAGCGCUACGUCUGCCGCCACCUGCUGCUGCCGCGCACCGCGCCCCUGGCUCCCUGGCGGAGCUACGACCCGGCCGAGGACGUCGGUCCCGACGGCAGGCGCUGCUUCACAAACUACGCCGGCCUGCCCGUCUACGUGCGCCCCACCUUUUGGAACCGCUGGGGUCCCGGCGCCUUGUACUUUCGCCUCAUCGGGAAGCCCCUGCCCGGCGACAAGGGCAUGGAGCCAGAGGGUUACCUGCUCAAAGACGCCGGCCCGAGACAGCACAGCGGCAAGGGCUGGGACGAGGCCGAGUUGACGACCCAGAAGCUGCUAAAGACGCCCAGAGGCGGCUGUCCUUUUGCGUGA